GUUCGAAAGGACAUUUUUCUCACUCUUCUCGUCAUUCAUUUCAUUUCAUUUCGGGUGUUUUGGUUUUUCUGUUUUUUUUUCAAAAAUUUUUCUAGUUUUUUUUCAAAAUAAACGAAAAAUGAAUUAUUUAAUUCGUCAAAGUUCAAUACUAGCAAGACAAACAUUUCGUUUGAUUUCCAAAAGAAAUUUUGCCGAUGCUUCUUCAACCGGUAUGCCAUUAACAUUUUCAUCACCAUAUGAGGUAUUUUAUGGUGGUGUAGAUGUACGACAAGUUGAUGUUCCAUCAUUUAGCGGUAGUAUCGGUAUAUUACCAAAACAUGUACCAUUGUUGGCUGUAUUGAAACCAGGUGUUGUUACCGUAUUCGAAAAUGAUGGUACAGCUAAACGUUUUUUUGUAAGCAGCGGUACGGUUACAAUCAAUGAAGAUUCAUCUGUUCAGGUAUUGGCCGAAGAAGCUGUACCAGUUGAAAAUUUAGAUAUGCAAGCAGCACGUGAAACAUUGAAUAAAGCCCAACAACAAUUAUCAUCAGCAUCGGAUGAAGUAGCACGUGUUGAAGCACAAAUUGCUGUUGAAGUAAGCGAAGCUAUUAUGGAAUUUUUUGAUCUAAUCAAAACACCAAAAUUAGAUGGUGUUAUUAUGUGUGAUACAUUGCAGAAUAAAAUUGAAGGAACAUUAUGUAUAACUAGUCAUCAUUUGAUAAUAUCAUCAAGGAAAACAAUGGAAUUCAAUGAAUUGGUUCUUUUACAUUCAAUGAUUGAUGUUGUUGAACGACGACCAAAUUCCAUACAAACUGGUGGUAUAUUAGUAUUGAAAUGUAAAAAUUUUCGUAUUUUAACAAUCGAAAUUAAUGGUUGGAUUGAAUUUCUAAAUAUUGCAACAUCGAUCGAAUUGUUAUCCAAUCUAAAUGAACCUCGAUUAUUUUAUCCAUAUUUUUAUAAUCCUGAAUUUCAAUUUGUUGAAAAUGGUUGGGAACAAUUUAAAAUUGAAAAUGAAUUUGCCAAUCUUACACAUCAUAGUGAUGAAUGGCGCCUAUCAACAGUGAAUAAAAAUUUUGAAAUUUGUCGUACAUAUCCUGAAACAGUUAUCGUACCAAAAACAAUUUCGGAUGAUUGUCUUCGAUCGAUUGCACAAUUUCGUUGUUUAGGAAGAUUUCCAGUACUAAGUUAUUAUCAUCGACCAACUAAAAAAGUAUUACUACGUAGUGGACAACCAAUGGUUGGUACAAGUUCAAAACGUUGUAAAGAUGAUGAAAAACUUAUUAAUACUGUUUUGGGUGUUGGUAAACGUGGUUUUAUAAUUGAAACUCGGACAAAAAAUCUAUCACAAUUAGCACGUAAUAAAGGUGGUGGUUUCGAACUGGAAAUGCAUUAUCCAUUAUGGACACGUGUUAAUCGUAAUAUUGAUCGUCAUUCAACCCUUUUAGAUUCAUUGGGUAAACUGAUUGAAUCUUGUAUGGAUCAAACAUUAUCAAUGGAUAAAUGGCUUUCACGUUUAGAAACUUCAGGCUGGUUAUCACAUAUAAAAGAUGUUCUAAGUAGUGCUUGUUUAGUUGCACAAUGUUUAGAUCAGGAUAAUGUUUCCGUAUUGGUACAUGGUUCAGAAGGAAUGGAUUCUACUCUUCAAGUUUGUUCAUUAACACAAAUCAUCCUGAAUCCUGAUUGUCGUAAUAUUUAUGGUUUUGAAGCAUUAAUUGAACGUGAAUGGUUACAAGCUGGUCAUCCAUUCGCUACACGUUGUAAACAUAGUGCAUAUACAAUACCAAGUGCACGAACACGUGAACAAUCACCAAUAUUCCUAGCAUUUUUGGAUUGUGUUUAUCAAAUUUAUCAACAAUUUCCUUGUUCAUUUGAAUUUAAUGAAAAAUUUUUAAUUUUGUUAUUUGAAAAUUCAUAUUCAUCACAAUUCGGUACAUUUUUGGGUGAUUGUCAACGUGAACGUAUGGAAAUGAAUUUUGCUAAAAAAACCUGUUCACUUUGGUCAUAUAUAAAUCGACCAGAAAUUUUAAAAGAUUAUCUAAAUCCAUUAUAUGAACCAAAUAGUUCAAUAUUAUGGCCAUCGGUUGCACCACAAUCAUUAGAAUUAUGGAAAGGAAUGUAUUUACGUUGGAUAAUGGAACCAACAAAAUUAGAAGAAUAUCAAGAUCGUAUUGCAAUGUUGAUUGAAGAAGAAUCAACGCUGAAACAUCGUGCAAUAAAACUUCGUCGUUUAUUACAAAAUUUACAACAACAACAACAACAACCACCGAAUUGAUUUGAAAUAAAUUCUUACAUUGAAAUAAC